GCGCUAGGGAAUUAGGGAUUUCUUCACUGGGUCAUCUUUAGCUGACCAACAACAGGCAUACUUUGACGGAGGGUUAAUAAAGUCACGUUUCCGUUCUCACUUUCUUGUUUCAUUCCCUUUUUUUUUUUGGGUACAGUUGUUCCCAAUUGUGCAUCUUCUUUUCUUAUAUAAACACACACACAUAACUUUAUAUCUCAAAUCGAUAGCCAGAUAAUAGAAACACAGGGUAGAUAUCUAGUCUUUAGCCAUGUUAGAGCAGUUACUGAUUUUUACUAGAGGAGGAUUGAUACUCUGGACUUGUAAAGAGCUCGGAAAUGCUCUUAAAGGAUCUCCCAUUGACACAUUGAUCAGGUCCUGCCUUCUAGAGGAAAGAUCAGGUGCUGCAUCGUACAACUAUGAUGCACCAGGUGCUGCAUACACCCUCAAGUGGACAUUCCACAAUGAACUCAACCUUGUCUUUGUUGCUGUGUAUCAAAAGAUUUUUCAUCUUUUGUAUGUGGAUGAUCUAUUGGCUAUGGUGAAGCGAGAGUUCUCGGAGAUUUAUGAUCCUAAAAAGGUGGUGUAUAAUGAUUUUGAUGAGAAAUUCAGGCAGCUUAGGAAGGAGGCAGAAGCUCGUGCAGAAGAUAUGAAGAAAUCAAAUCAGGUGGCAAAACCAGUGAGUAACAAUAAUCUAAGUAAGAAGCAAGGAAAAGUGCAGAAGAUAGGUCUCUCUGGAGGUGAUAAUAAAAAAACCAGUAGUGACUCAGGAAGUGAUGGUGGAGACGGUGAAAAAUCAAAAGUUCGUAAAACAGAAAAUAGUAAUGGUCUUGCUAGUGGUAACCGUGAUGGAUACGGGAAAGUGACUGCAAAGGGUAGUACCAAUGGUAAAGAAAACGAGAGCUCCAAUAAUGGGGCUUUUGAUGUAAAUAAGCUACAAAAAUUAAGAGCUCAAGGUUCAAAGAAAACUAAUGCUGUUGUUAACAAGGUUCCUAAAGCGGAUACAAAGAAAAAGAUAACAAAAAAGAAUAGAGUCUGGGACGAGGCACCGGUUGAGUCCAAGCUGGACUUUACAGAUCCAGGAAAUCAGAAUGGGGAUGAAAAUGUUGUGGUUGUAGCAACCAAUGAAGGUGAAAGCAUGAUGGACAAAGAGGAGAUAUUUAGUAGUGACAGUGAUUCUGAUGCUGAGGAUGAGGACAAUGAGGACGGCAAGACGGUUAAAAAGCCGGAUACCAAAAAGAAGGGAUGGUUUUCUUCAAUGUUCCAGAGUAUUGCUGGGAAAUCAAAUUUGGAGAAGGCGGACUUAGAACCAGCCUUAAAAGCUCUGAAGGACAAGCUCAUGACGAAAAAUGUGGCCGAGGAGAUAGCUGAGAAGCUAUGUGAAUCAGUAGCAGCAAGCCUUGAGGGUAAAAAACUAGGAUCAUUUACAAGGAUAUCAUCGACAGUGCAGGCAGCAAUGGAAGAGGCACUUGUUCGCAUUUUAACUCCUAGGCGUUCCAUUGACAUUUUAAGGGAUGUCCAUGCUGCCAAGGAGCAAGGCAAGCCAUAUGUGGUUGUCUUCGUUGGAGUUAAUGGAGUGGGAAAAUCUACCAAUCUUGCUAAGGUUGCUUAUUGGCUUCAGCAGCAUAACAUCAAUGUAAUGAUGGCUGCAUGUGAUACAUUUCGUUCUGGAGCUGUUGAGCAGCUACGCACCCAUGCUCGUAGGCUCCAGAUUCCUAUAUUUGAGAAAGGGUACGAAAAAGAUCCUGCAAUCGUUGCGAAAGAGGCAAUUCAGGAGGCCAGUCGAAACGGCUCUGAUGUUGUUCUUGUUGAUACAGCUGGUAGAAUGCAGGACAAUGAACCAUUGAUGCGAGCUUUGGCAAAACUGGUCUAUGUAAAUAGCCCAGAUCUUGUCCUUUUUGUUGGUGAAGCACUAGUUGGGAACGAUGGUGUGGAUCAGCUAUCAAAGUUUAACCAGAAACUAGCUGAUCUCUCGCCAUCUCCAAAUCCCAGGCUGAUAGAUGGAAUCCUGCUCACGAAGUUUGAUACUAUUGAUGACAAGGUUGGUGCUGCAUUGUCAAUGGUCUAUAUAUCCGGGUCACCUGUCAUGUUUGUUGGAUGUGGACAGUCCUAUACCGACUUAAAGAAGCUGAAUGUGAAGUCUAUCAUCAGGGCGCUCCUCAAAUGAUGAUUUUUAUCUAAUCCUGUCGCUUUAAAUCUAAGCGCAUAUGCAAUGAAUGUUUUCUUUUAUGCUAGAACUUCCAUACCCAUGUUUUCUUUUAUGCUGGAACUUCCAUAAUCCAUACCCAGUGAGAUCUUGUGACUUUAAAGCUGGGAUGCUUGGCUGUGUGUCGGUCCCUUGUGGCUACAACUUAACUAGAAUAUAAAUACUUUCUUUUCCAGACUUA